GGGACGACCAGGUCAAAAAGAUGGAAAAGUCAGGCGUCAACUUCCGAGUUCCGAGUCGCAACUCACAUUCGGGUCAUGGAUUGGGGACCUAGCCUCGGUGAGUUAGAGGGCAUCAUUUCAAUUAAGCCAAGAGCCUUCCUUCGUACCUAAGCCCUCCGGAGAGAAAGCGAUCGAGGAGCUGAGAAAUGUCUCCGAAGCCGUCCGAUUCGGCGGAGAGGAUGUUACUGCCGGUUACGGAUCCUCCAAAGGAUCAGGAAGGAGGGAAGCUAUUCAAGGGCGACGAGAAGCUUUUCAAUGGGUCCGCCAUGACUAAACGAGGAGCCUACGCCGCAAUAUCUUACAUGUCCUGCGCUGUGCUUUUGGUGUUGUUCAAUAAGGCAGCUCUUUCAUCUUUUGACUUCCCAUCUGCAAGUGUCAUCACGCUUCUUCAGAUGGUAUGCUCUUGUUGUUUGCUCUAUGUAUUGAAGCGCUGGAGGAUAAUUUCUUUCAGAGCAGGUGAAUCUUUGGCAUCUUCUGAUACAACAACUAAAUUUGUAUCGCUGAAGACAUUGAGGCAUACUCUUCCUUUGGCUGGGACUUAUUUGCUUUACAUGAUAGUCACCAUGGAGUCUGUUCGUGGGGUAAAUGUUCCAAUGUAUACCACCCUUCGGAGAACCACAGUGGUGUUUACAAUGCUUGUGGAGUAUAUUCUGGCAGGGCAGAGGUAUACAUCCUCUGUUGUUUUCAGUGUUGGCCUGAUCGUCUUUGGUGCAUUUAUUGCUGGAGCACGGGACUUAUCUUUUGAUGCUUAUGGCUAUGCUGUUGUUUUUAUGUCGAACAUUAGCACAGCAAUAUAUCUUGCAACCAUAGCCCGUGUUGGAAAAACCAGUGGCCUUAAUAGCUUUGGCCUUAUGUGGUGCAAUGGUGUAAUAUGUGGACCAGUUUUGCUUAUUUGGACAUUAAUUCGGGGUGAUAUGAAGACAGCAAUCAACUUUCCCUCUCUCUUUUCACCUGGAUUCAUUGUCGUUUUACUCUUUUCCUGCGUAUUGGCUUUCUUCUUGAAUUACAGUAUAUUUUUGAACACAACUCUGAAUUUAGCCCUGACACAGACAAUUUGUGGUAACCUGAAGGAUUUGUUUACCAUUGGCCUUGGCUGGAUGCUUUUUGGUGGGCUGCCAUUCGAUUUUUGGAAUGUUGUUGGGCAACUUCUCGGUUUUGCUGGCUCUGGAUCAUACGCCUACUAUAAGCUGAUUGGCAAAUAACAUGCUCAAUUACUAUAUAGCGGUUCUCUUUUACAGUGAAGGCAGUCUUUUAGAAGUUGAAGAAUCUGAACUGAGCUCAGAUCUGUCAAAAAUGCAUAAUCUGGCUAAUCUGAAUUCUUAGGAAACUUUGCUUAGUGAGAAUUUGGCUGGCCAACAUUUUUUGUGGGGAUCAAGACGUGCUGUCGUUUUCCUAGUAAUGUGAUCACCAUUUUGCAUGCAUGUUGUGUGCUAUAUUUUGUUUUUUGGGAAAUAGUUUACCCUAGCCCGAAUGUUUCAAUAUGCAGGGCAUGAGAUUAGGCCAAUUUGGUUGUUUAUCUCAAUGCUUGUUCUGUAUGUAAUCCAGAGGAGCUUCAGGACAGAAAGCAGAUGAGAAGCUGAUAAUCUUAGUGUAUUGUUCUUUAGAAUGAGAUAAUCGAUCUGUUCACUAA